AUGGAGUUUUCUUGGAAGACGCAGGUGUUCAUCCUCCUCCAGGGUCUGUCAUGUGCCUUUGGUCAAGCAUGGGAUCGCUCUCUGUAUGCGACUAGCCCUCCCGUCUACCCAUCCCCAAACACUGCCGGCCUUGGAGGUUGGGAAGACGCCCUAUCUCAAGCGAAUGGCUUCCUCUCCCAAUUAACCCUUGACGAGAAAGUCCAGAUCGUCACAGGCACCCCAGGCCCGUGCACUGGUAACAUUGGACCUAUUGCGCGCUUAGGCUUCAGCGGACUUUGCUUGCAGGAUGGACCUCUCGCUAUUCGACAGGCCACCUAUGCGAGCGUGUUCCCCGCCGGAUUGACCGCUGCAGCAUCGUGGGAUAAAGGCUUGAUCUACCAGCGAGGUGUCUACCUGGGCGAGGAGUUCCGUGGAAAGGGCGCACAUAUCGCACUCAUGCCUGUUGCAGGAACUUUGGGUCGAUCCGCCACUGGAGGCAGGAACUGGGAGGGUUUCUCUCCAGAUCCUUACCUCACCGGCAUUGGUAUGGACUUGACUAUCCGUGCCGUGCAAUCUACUGGUGUCCAAACAACCUCCAAGCAUGUUGUUGGCAACGAGCAGGAGACACAGCGGAAUCCAAGCACGAUCUUUCCCGAUAACACUACCGCCUCCAACAUCGCUGGCCCACCUCCCGGUGUCGGUGGUAUCACUAUUGAAGCUGUAUCCUCCAACAUCGACGAUCGGACAAUGCAUGAAGUGUACCUCUGGCCGUUUGCGGACUCCGUGCACGCCGGGACUACUAGUAUCAUGUGUUCUUACAACCGCAUAAACGCGUCUUAUGGCUGUGAGAACUCAAAAAUCCUCAACGGGAUACUCAAGGAUGAGCUUGGUUUCCAAGGUUAUGUCAUGUCGGAUUGGGGUGCGACACACUCUGGUGUCUCCAGCGUGCUGGCAGGUCUAGAUAUGACUAUGCCUGGAGGGAUUGGCUUCACCAGCGAUGUGCCUUCUUAUUGGGGAGCAAAUCUUACUGGCGCUAUCCAAAACGGAUCCGUUCCAGAAGCUCGACUUGACGACAUGGUUCGCAGAGUGAUGACGCCAUAUUUCUAUCUAGGACAAGAUAGCGGUUUCCCGCCGGUUGACCCUUCAUCUACAGACGCCAGCAUUUUCACCUUGUUCGCGCCGCCAGAUACUUGGCGGUACGACUUCAAUCUUACUUCGCCAUCCAACGUUGACGUUCGUGGCAAUCACGCGCACCUCAUCCGAGAACUCGGCGCUGCUGGCACUGUAUUGCUGAAAAACGUUAACAAUGCUCUGCCGCUCCGUAACCCCCAGACCAUUGGCGUCUUUGGAAACGAUGCUGGCGACUUCCUAAACGGUCCUUACUCUCUGAGUUUGAGUUUCGGUGGUGAUUACGAGUUUCAGACCCAGGCAGUGGGUGGUGGCUCUGGCACGGGCCGCUUCACCUAUGUUAUUCCCCCACUCGACGCCAUCAAAGCCCGGGCAAACCACGCAUCUCCAGAUGGUGCUCUUGUUCAAUAUAUCUUGAACAACACCCUGAUCCUGCAACCGGACGGCCUUAGCAGUCUUCUUCCUUAUCCUCCUGAAGUCUGCCUUGUUUUCACUAAAACAUUUGCAACCGAAGGAUUCGACCGCACGACCCUCGAACUUGGCUGGAACGGCACUGAAGUGGUUAACACCAUCGCUCGGACAUGCAACAAUACUAUUGUUAUAACCCACUCCGGCGGUCUUAAUAUUCUUCCGUUCGCAGACAACCCCAACGUUACCGCUAUCCUCGCCGCACAUUUUCCAGGUCAAGAAAGCGGAAACUCUAUUGUCGAUGUUCUGUACGGCGACGUCAAUCCUUCCGGCAAGCUUCCUUACACCAUUGCGCGCAAUGCUUCCGACUACAAUGCCCCGGUUACGAAUUCUACUGAGUUGCUGACUACGAGGGAUCCGAAUGCGUGGCAGGCCGACUUCACGGAAGGUUUGAUGAUCGACUACCGCCAUUUCGACAUGGCGAACAUCACCCCACAAUACGAGUUUGGCUUCGGCCUGAGCUACACUACAUUCGAUAUCGGUAACAUUUCCGUUACGGCUUUGACAGACGGCCCCGUGUCGGCACUACCACCACCUGCGGUGAUAGCGCCAGGUGGCAACCCGACACUUUGGGAUGGGCUCUAUCGCGUCACUGUUGUUGUUUCCAAUACCGGAGAUGUUGGCGGUGCUACCGUCGCACAGCUCUACCUUGACAUGGGCAGUGGAGCACCGGAGGGAACGCCGGUCAGGGUGCUGAGAGGGUUUGAGAAAGUCAGCGUGCAACCGGGAGAGAGUACAGAGGUGGCGUUCGUAUUGACUAGGAGGGAAAUAAGCUAUUGGGACAUUGUGGCGCAGAACUGGAGGAUUCCGAGCGGGGAAAUGACGGUCAGUGUUGGGUUGAGCUCGAGAGAUCUGAGACAGGAGGCACCGUUGACGGUGCUGUGA